AAGUGAAAAUAGACAUGACUGGGAAAUCGGGAGUGUUUUGUUGGAAGCAACAGUUAACAUGGAGUACUUUAAAGAGGGCGCUGUCCACCACACAUCGGUCUGUUCUGGAGGGGUACGAUAAAACCCAGGCUGCUCUGAUGGAGGAGGAGUGCAUUCUUACAGACAGGGAUGACAAAGUUAUGGGAAAAGCCUCCAAAAAAACCUGCCACUUAAUGCAGAACAUAAACAAAGGUAUGCUGCAUCGGGCUUUUAGUGUGUUCCUCUUUAACUCGCAUGGUAAUCUGCUCUUACAACAAAGAUCUGAUGCCAAAAUUACGUUUCCAGGUCAUUUUACAAACACCUGCUGUAGCCAUCCUUUACACACACCUACAGAACUAGAAGGCCAUGAUGCGUUGGGAGUUAAAAGAGCAGCUCAAAGAAAACUCCAACAUGAACUUGGCAUUGAUCCAAAUAAGCUUUCAACAGAAGACCUCAAGUUCUUGACCCGGGUCCAUUACCUAGCAGAAAAUGCCCCGGACCCUGGAGUGUGGGGCGAACACGAGAUUGACUACAUACUAAUAGCCCAGAAAGACGUGGCUAUUACUGCUAAUCCUAAUGAGGUCAAAAGUCAUGUAUACGUAAACAGGCAGCAAUUACUGCAGAUGAUGGAUAAAUCCAGGACAGGUGAUAUUUUAAUUACUCCAUGGUUUAGGUUGAUUGUGGACAAAUUUCUGAUGAACUGGUGGGAUAAUUUACCUGACAUUGAACAACAUAAAGACAACCAUAUACAUAGACUGUGUGAUAAAUAACAAAAUAGGAUCAUAGGAAUGAUUAUUGUUCAUUCAUUGAUGUUAUAUAAAUGUGCAAUAAAAAUGUCUGUGAAAUUA